AUGUUCUGUGUUCUUUCUGUAACAUCAGUAAUGGUAACAGUAUUUAUUUACCAGAUCUUGGUUCUGGACAGCUCGGAGUUUCUCGCCGAAUAUGAAGAUGAGUAUCGAAAGUGGACCUCGCUGAAGGACUUGCCAAAAGUGUUUCGUUACAGAAUUAUUCAGGCCAUCAACAGCAAUAAGACAUCAUGCCCAAUUUUAUCUAUUCAAAGAACGCCUUCAUCCUUAUCGUCGGCGACCUGUCGGUUACCUAGAAUGCGAGAAGAUGCUUGCUUAUUUGCAAAGUCUGUCUUCACAACAGAUCAGCCGCUGCAAGAUUGCAACAGUACGCGUGUUAAUUUGUGCAAAAUGGAGAAAACCCCUGGGGGAUUUUCCAAAGUGGAAUGUCAUACGACUUCUUGUGGGUCAUCAGAUAUCAUUUCUGCGGGUUUCAUCGAUCCGCACGACGGCUCUGUUACUUGGCGUCACUUUUCUUUUCUUCACGAUGUCGAGAAGGCACUGAAUAAGUACAUCCAAACCACUCCUUCAGCAGAGUAUUUCCCUUUUGCUUUCCUGAGGUGUGAUGAAUUUUGGAACCCAGCAGCCAAGACCCAAUUGUUUAUUUUACCACCGAAGAGUGCAAUUGCUGAUAAACCAUGGGGGAAACCCAGAAAUAAACCGAUUAACGUUAAUAUUAUUCUAUUAGAUUCAGUGUCGAGACCUCACUUCUACCGCUCACUUCCUCUUACUGUCGAGGCUCUCAGAGACAUCAACGCUAAAACAUCAACUCACGUACUAGAUUUUGAACUUUUUCAUGCUAUAAAACCCAGAACGUUUGAGACCCUACAAGCCUUAUUUUGUGGUGAACUUCUAGAAGUGGAGCAGUUCAUAAACCCAGUGCCUAUUACAGCUGAUGUCAUGUUUGGUGCAUUUAAAGAGAUGGGUUAUCAAACUAUGUGGCAAGAGGACAUGUGCUGGACAUAUGAAUGGGGGCUAGUUAGAGACUUGAAAAUCAUGAACCAAAGUGUUCCUUUAAUGAAUACAUGGAAUAGAUUGAAAACUGCAUUAAAAAAUAAUUCUAUUGAUCAUACAGGAAUCACUCAUUCGAGCUGUGAAGUUUUAAAGGGUUUUGCCGUUCCAGAGAUAUUUCAUGGUCCUUCCACCAUGUGUUACGGAGGGGAAUACUAUCACAGCUUUUUUCUGCAUUUCUUGAAGGACUUUCUAGAGGAGGUAAACUCAGAUUCAGCAAAAAAGCCACUGUUUUCAAUUUCAAUCCUAAAUGUGGGCCAUGAGGAAACUGGAUUAAGGAUUCAGACUUUUGACAAAUCACUUGCAACAUUUGUAAAGAGCAUAGCUGCUGAACCAAACACUCUGAGCAUUAUACUUUCAGAUCAUGGGAACACAUAUGGCUCUUUUCCCAAGACUCUGAGGGGACGGCUUGAAGUUUUUCAACCACACUUGUUCAUAGUAAUUCCAAGUGGUGUUAGAGACUAUCUAGGCAAAUUCAAAAUGCAGGCCUUGAUACAAAAUCAGAAGAGACUGGUGACCGUUGUUGAUUUACAUCACAUGUUAAUGUCAAUAGCUGGUGUCACUGGCCAUAAAACACAGCUGGAAAAUCAAGGUCUGCUUCAACCCAUUUCUAGAAACAGAAGUUGUGAAGAUCUUGGUCUGCUCUCCUCUGCUGUUUGUAUCUGUCAAGGAUGGGAAACAAAAGUCCAUGCAAACUCUUUUCACUAUAUUGUAGCUGAGUUUGCACUGGGAAAACUUAAUGACAAGAUACAAAGUCAGUACUUGAAAAACUCAAAGAAAACCAAGCAAGUUUCAGGAUUUGGGUCCUGUGUGAGACUCAAAGGUGAAAGUUUCGACAAUGUGCGGGAAAAGAGAGUUCACGAAAAACUAACAGUGUCAAUGGAUAUUUAUGUACAAAACCAGGAGCUGUUUUCAGUAGUUGUUCAAGUUAUCAGUGGAAGUGUGUUAUUGGAUUUGAAACUUCUUCAGUUUACAAGGUUAAGUAAAUAUGGGAUCUACAGGACUUGUUCAGACAAGGGAGUUGAUUUAAGACUUUGUAUCUGUAAACCAAACUUAGAAAUUGAGGCUGAGAAAAACCAAGAACCACCAAUACCUAACUGGAAAAGUUAUGGUAAAGUAUUUCACUCAGCAACAAAAGCAGACAACAUGCAUGAAAACUGCCUUUUCGUUCUUGUACGUGAACACAAAAGUGGUGUAAUAUUUGAGGUUGCAAACUUGUGCAGUUUUGUUUUGUACAAAAUCAAGCUGCAUCUUUCUUUAAGUAAUAUGCAAAUUUCAGAACCCAUUCCUUGUCAGAGAGAGGUGGGACCUGGUACAAUUCACUUCCUGAUUGCUAUUGUUCAAGUUGACCCUAACAUCAACUGGAGCUGGACAUAUACCCUUGACUACUCAUGGAAGAUGUUGAGUUAA